CCAGCCACUGCGCUUCACUUCAUCACCGCGGCAUGAGUUGACCACCAGCAGCAGUGCCUCGACGGCUCGACGGCAACACAGCGCCCAGCGCCUCCUCGACGGCGACGGCGCCCAGCGAACUCCUCGACGGCGGACAGCGACCAUAUGCCUGCCGACCUCUUCGGUGUCCUGCGAGCCAGCCACGAGCGCCGCUCGCGUUCAGAGCCUGCCGAUCGUGUGCCAGGCAUCUCAGUAGCCCGAAUGCCAGUGCUAGACCCAGCGGUCGUCAAAGACUCUUACCGCUUUGGGGAGGCGCUCGGGCAAGAGACGCAGACCAUCGAGUUCAAGGGCACACGCGAUGCCGAGAAUGACAUGCUUCGCGUGCUGAAGGACAAGAUCUCGCGCUACCUCUGCGCGUUUCUCAACUCGGCAGGCGGUGCCAUCCUCUUUGGCGUCGACGACGACGGCAUCGUACGCGGCGGCCAGCUCGGCGCGGCUCAGCGCGCCGCUGCGGUCAAGCUGAUCGACGCCGCGGCGCAGCUCAUCGACCCGCAGGUGGAGCCGGACGCGAUCAUGCCGCCCCGCUUCGUGCCGGUGGCCGAUGCGCCUCAGCCCGACACGUGCGUGCUGCUUGUGGUCGUGCUGCGUGGUCGGCAGCCCGUGUACUACCUCUCUCCGCACAGCACCGACGCCUUCCUGCGGCGGCACGAGUCGGUCUUCCGGAUGGAGUGGUCGCUCGUCCGGCAGCGAGAGGCGGCCGCAGCGACGCCGGUGCGGCGCUCGUGGCGCCACAUCGCCGGCCGCCUUCUGCCCUUCGACGAUCACAUUGCGGACCUGCGGGCGCGCCUCUGCCCGUCUCGUGUCCCGCGGCUGUGGGCGAUGCGGCGCCUGGCCGCCAUGCUCGCUGCCGCCGACUGCCCCCGGCUGCUGCUGCUCCGCGGCGCGUCGGGGAGUGGCAAGUCGACGCUCGCUGGGGCGAUCGUGCAGCACGGCCUGUCGAGGCGGCGCGAGGAGGAGUCGGACGGGUGGAAGAAUGUCGCCGUCGCCGGCUGCCACUUCUCCAUCUCGGACAGGGACGCGGCGGCGACCGGCGCCUUCGUGCAGCAUGUCGCGGCAAGCCUCAUCGCGUCGCCCUACACGUCCGCCUUCAAGCGCGCCGCCCUGGCGUCGCCGCUCGAGAUCCUCCACAUCAUCGAGACGCCCGACGCCGCGGUGGCGUUCCGCUCGCUGCUCCGCCUCCUCGGCCGGCUCCGGCCAACGCACGGGCGCCGCCUGCUCUUCAUCGUCGACGGGGCAGACGCGGCGGACGUCUCUGUCGCCGACGGCGGAGACGCGGCGCGGCGCAACGUCGCGUCUCUCGUCCGGAGGGGCGCGAAGGACGCUCCCGAUUGGCUGACCUUCCUCCUCACCUCGCACAACCCGCGCGCCCCGCCGCCGGCGGGAGGAGGGCAGGGAGGAGCGCUCCUCGACCUCGACUUGGCCGACGGCUGCGCCGACGUCGCAGAGUAUAUCCGCGGCCGGGUGGCGGCGGAGCCGGUGCUCGCCGCCGCGGUCGGGGGGGCCUCGGCCGGGCUGCUCUGCUCGGAGGGGCCGAGAGCCGGCGAGGGCGGCGCCCCUCGAGCCGCCCGGGUGCGAGUAGGUGCUCGAGAGGGUUGACCUCCCCAAGCAGCGCUUCGCGAUCCGCGAGGACGGCGGCGCACCGCUCAUCCGAGCCAACUGGGGGCACACGAUGGCGGCGAUCGACGCCUCGCGCCUGUGCCCGCCCAGCCUCAUGCCACCGCUCGACGAGGACGAGCUCGCGCGGCUCUGCGGUCCUCACGGCUGCUCGUCGGAGACGCCGCAUUGCGAGUGGGCGCUCAUGCUGCUCCGCCGCGGCGCUCGCGGCUGCGCGCGCCAUGCAGCCGCUCCCUUCAUCGUGCGGCUCCGCGAGCGGAGCGGCGGCCCGGUCGCUUCAUCGUGCGGCUGCGCGUGCCCGCCGCGGUUUGCGCCGAGGAUCGACCGCCGCCCGCCGAUCGUGGAGCCAAAGGGCGGGCCGACGGCGGCGCGCCCACCGUCGCCCCUCUGCCUGUCGCUGGGCGACUCACCGCUGAUUGCUCCGGCGAAGGAGCCGGACUGCGAGCGGAUCGAGCGCCUGGAACUUUGAGCACAGCUCUGUCGGUUACGUGCGAGCGACAGCGAGUACGUGGGUGUUUUAGGUUGUACGCGGUAUACUCUACGGUCUACGGAUCCGUGGAUGCCGAGUUUUUGAGCGGCUCGUCGGAGGUGGGUUUGACGAUUGAGUGAUACGCGAGGCCUGGGUGGCGAGAAUGAAUUCAAU